CUCCUAUAAACCCAAGUGGCGUCAAAAACAAAGUCCACCUUGUGAAAAAGUAAAAUAAUAUAUAUUUGAGGCAUUUGUUACCUUAACAUUCACGUUUCAGGUGAGAAGUUGUGAGCCCUAUAACUGGAUUGGAUCUUUCGUUUAUUGCCAUUCUUCGGAGAAUUCAACAAGGUUGAAUUUGAAUAUUCGUGAUUCAAGACUGUUCCAAAUUUAAUACAUUUGGUCGUUUGACAUAGAAAUUAAUUUUGAGAAGAAGCGUUGCGAAGGCGAAGUGUUACUGGGAAGAAAAGACUGUAUAAUCCAUACAGUCUUGUCUUAACAGGACAUAUCAUCGUUAAUUUGAAGGGAAGAAAUUCUGUAAAAUAAUCCGAUUCGAAGUUGAAGCAAAAAACAUGGAUGGAUGGGGCGCUAUGUUUGAUUCCAGCGGGAGUUUUGUUGGUGAACAAAUGGAUCUGUACGGUUCCCAACCUCAACAAACAACUGAUUAUUCGGCCGAGAUCAGCCAGAAACGUACUGCAGGGAGUUAUGGGUAUGACAAUGGAAGUGCUGCUAAGAAGUUAAAACCGGAGUAUUCGCAGGAUUAUAGUCAAGAUUACACCGCUGAUGCACCAAUUUCUUGGGAUCAACUUGGCUCUGGGCCAACAUCGUGGAAUGAUAUUGCUGAGCAGCCAUCGCAGCAAGAUGAAUAUGCUCAGUUAUCUGAGAUUACAUCUUGGGAUCACAUUUCGUCAAAGCCGAAAUUUACUGCAGCACCUAGAGGGGGAAGAGGUGGUGCAAGAGGAUUUGGGAGUGGAGAUAGAGGCAGCAGAGGGAGGGGUGGUGGUGGUGGAGAUAGGGGUAGGGGUGGUAGUGGAGAUAGGGGGAGGGGUAGAGGUGGAAGGGGUGGAGGGAGAAGCAUAGGAUGGGGAAGUGAUACAGAUUCUUCAGGGAGUGGGCAAUUUCAGGAUAAUUCCGGGGGAAGUGGGGGAUAUGGAGGAAAUAAAGGUGGGAACUUCAGUAGAGGUGGUGGCAGUUUUGGGAGUAGUGGGGGAGGAGGGUUUAAUAAGAGUGCUGGUGAUAGGGGUAGAGGGAGAGGAGGAGCAGGUGGUCGGGGAUUCAGCAGGGGUGGGGGAGAUAGAGGAGGGGGAGGGACCAGCUGGGGCAGUCGGGGUGGCGGUGGAGGAGGAGGAGGGGGAUUUGGAGGUAGUGGAGGUGGGUUUAACCGUAAUCAAAGCUUGACCCUGAUUCAGAAGUUUGAAAAGUUCAAAGAUUUCCUCAAGAGGGACACAGCACGGGUGAACAACAUACAAUGUAUCGAAAUGGGCUGUAACUCUCUAGGAUUGAAUCUGAAGACAGAUUAUUCUGUGGAGGAAUUGCCACGGGUGUAUAACAGGGCGGUGUUCAGUGCAUGUCUCAAGGUGUCUGGUAUCUUCCUGGCUCGCGCCGUCGGAGGAAACAAGAAAGAACUGAAACAUGAGGUGUACAACAGGGCGUAUGACAUUCUCACAACCCGUACCAUAGCGGAUAUCAAUGAUUUGUCAGAUCCAGGGUCAGACUUAAUCAGGGCAUGCUUGGAGCGCCAGCUGAAGAUGUGCGGGACUCACACAUUCCAGGAGGGAAGCGGUCAACCGGUCAAUCAAACAGUGUCAGAGAUUAUCACGCUGGUGGACAAGAGCUUGGUGGGAAUUAACAGGCUCUCUGGUGGGCUGGAAAAACUCAGACAACAUCUGCAGUUCUCCAACAACCAACCAGAUAAUGUGAUCUCUCGGCUAGAACAGGGUAUCUCAGCCUCCAAGUGUGGCAUUGUACACAUGUUCAAGAACAACGAGAUCAGGGAUGCCAAGGGGGGAUUGACCCAUGAGGGCGAAUUUAUUGUCGAGGACACCUGUAUUGCCAGAACCACGGGCAAAGACAAGAAGGCCGUCAAAGUUGAGACAUAUGAGAUGGCGAUAGAGGCCCUUCUCAACAAGUCUGUAAAUGAACUGAUUAUCCCUGUUAUGAAAGACGUCGAAGAGGAUGAUGAAGAAAAUCUCAUGCAAAAUGAAGCUGUAGUUACUGGGGUCAGCCAGGGAAAUCUGGAUGGACCUCCUCCAAUUGUCAAGCCAUCUCUUGCAGAAGCGUCCCUGCUGGUGAGGAUGAAAAACCUCAUCUAUUACGUAUCACAAUCUUCAUACAGCAGAAACAACAUGUUCAUGAUAGAUAACACCAUAACCAACAGUGGAUUGGUGGCUCUGUGUGUGUAUAAGAGGCCCAAGAUUGACAGUGACCUGUGCACAUCUUGUGAGCUGUACAUUGAUAACAUACUUGUUGCUAUUGGCAGGGGCAAUUCCGAGGCCGACUGUACAAAGGAUGCCUAUGAUCGAGCAUAUGGAGUCAUUUCUGCUGCAAGCCCGUCUGAAAUCAUUAGCGGCCCAAAACGGUUGGACAAAUCUGUUGCUACAGCAGGUCCACUAGUGAUAAGGUUCGAAGAGAAGGGGGCUUUGAAUAUUUAUACAGAAUCAAACGCCCCUGCUCUGGAAGCAGAAGGAUUUGACCCCAAGAAUGCCUCCUGUAGUAUUGGAGAUAUGGUGAUUUUGGAGGAGCCCACCUGGGCCACUGAUAGAAAGCUUAGUGCUUUUGCAAUUCUGCAGCUGACAUGCACUAUGAAUGGAAUACCACUUGAAUGGACGUAUGCCCCUGUCAAGAACCCGGCAAAGAAAAAUUACAAGCAUGAAGCAGUGCCUGUUGGAAAAUACAGGUGUCAGAUAUUUUUGAAAGGUGAAGAGAUGGCAGACCACACGGGUUAUGGCAAGAACAAGACGAGAAACCAUGCCGCUUCCAUUUACCUGUACCGUAUUUAUGAACAACGCCCGGUUCUUCAGAUUGUCAAACAAGACGAUCCAUCAGUUUGGAUUCCAUUUGUCACGAUCAAAUCCGAGGCUGAUACGCUGGAAAGAACAGCCGGAACACCCACGCAACCUGACAGGACCUUCAUCUUCGAAGCAAUACGAAAAAGAAUCGAUUCCUCUUUUCCUAGCAAAGAUGGCAAUGAGCUGGUUUUCGGACCAGGAGUUUCAGACAUUGAUAAGAACCAAAUCAGCGCGUACGUUAAAUCCCGGAAUAUUAAGUUUGAGGAUCGUUGUUUCCACGGUGAAAUGUACUUCUCCAUCUAUGGUCGGCCGAAUCUACGGGAUAUAGCGUUUGCACUACAAAAUAAGCCACCAGGUACAGUUAUCGGGCGGUACCGGCUCAUACCCCUGGAUCAGCUACCGAAGUUCUCGGAUAUUGUUGCAACAAAACCCCCAGCGGUGUCUGUUCCGAUAAAGCAAGAGAGCUUCACUUAUUAUUAGAAUGAUGUGGAACCUUGGGCUUAUGUCGAAGAAACACUGAAAACUGAAAAUUCAUAGUUCCAGUAGUACAAUAAGUGAUUGAAUAAUACAUGUUUAAAAGUCAAUACAUCGCAAAAGUGACAUGAUACUUCAAGUAUGGAUGCGGUAAUAUUGGAUUAAUGUACAGUUUUUACUUCUCAGAAUCUGUGUGCAAUGUAAGAAUGUUUGCUUAUGAACAUUAUGAACAAUCAAGGGGUUUUGAGAAAAGUGUUCAUUUGAGUUCACAUCAGAAAUAUAAACCAAAGACUAUUGAAUGUGUAUCUUUAGAUGUGUAGUUUUAUCAUACAGUUUUAAACGACUGCUAAGUAUUUUUUAGAAAUGCCUUUGCAUGUAAGGUAUGUGUGCUGCUUGCCAGGAAAGAAAUUACCAUUUUUGUAUUGUUUGUAUGUGUGAUCUAUGGAUUUCAAUGAAUACCAAGUAUUCGGAUUGCGUUUAUGUCACAAACCAUUCAUUUCUGAAUGUUAAUAUUAACUAAAUUCUGAUAGUGUAACCGACCAGACUGUGUCCCUGCAACUCGUGUGCUUGAUUUUGCCAGAACGACGGUCUUCAUUCACACGCGCUUAACAUUUCAACCCCUACAUUUGAGUACAUGUUCGGUUAUUUAAUAACUAUGACAUAUUCUAUAGGCAAAUGGAAUGGACCCGAACUUAUUAACCUUCUCUCAGAUACAAUUCAGAAUGGACCCAUAGUAUUCUGAUACAUUUAUCUUCAUGUUUUGAUGAACAUUAAACCCAGAUAAUGAUUGCAAAACAGUCCAGUCAGAGCCUCCAUUAAAAAAGGCCACCAACUUUUUCAUCUUGACCAUUGUAUUAGCCGUUUGAUUAAUGUUAUCUAUCACAUUGAGUCUUAAAGGAAGUCUUGAAGGUAAUCAUGUGAAUUCAACUUGUAUAGAGCACACUGUAUCUUUUAAUGUAAGGUAACAACAUAAUUCAUCCCCAUGAAAUUAAGUUAUAUUUCACGAACGGCCACAAUUGGAAUAUUUACUUCAGUGGUUACGCGUUGAAAUGUAAACAUUGUUUAUAUAUAUCUUAUACUACCCGGUUAAUCAAACACUUUCUCAAUUUAUUUUAUAUUUGUUAUUUAAUAAAAGUACUGUUUAAUUGGAGAACGGCCCCAAAUUUUAUUAAAAUCACACCAGAAAUUACAUCAGUGAAAAAAAUUCCAAGCAUUGUUUGCAAACGUUUGUUUUUGCCACUCAAAAGGGCUAAAAUACAGAAAUACUUGAGUGAAUUAAUUGUUUGAACCCACCAUUAUUUUUCAAUAAGCCACCAAAAAUCAUUAAAUCAAACAUACUUCAUAUAUUUGUAAGGGUGGACAAAUGUUCUUUGCACCCUUUUUUCAAGGAAGAUUGAAGUUCAUUCAUGUUUGCAUUAAAAAUGCCUAUUUGCUUGUUGUCAGAUUUUUCGUUGUGAUAUAUUAUAUACAGACAAAACUUGAUUUGUUGAAGUAGUUUGGACCUCUUCAAAUACUUCGAGAUAUCGAACAUUUAAUAUAACUGAAAUACAAAUCAUGUCUAACUGAAUCCAACACAUUUAAAAAAGUUUGGAAUAACCAAAAAUCGAGAUUACAGAGUCGACAUGACUAGAACAUCGAGGUAACAGAGUUCGACAUAACGAGUGUCGCCCAUGUAACAUGCCAUGUUUAUAUAUAUUUUUACCAGAAAUUAGGAUCAUGAAUUGUACAUUUGAGUAUCGUAGAAAACAUGGUAUCUGCUUCGUCAUUGGAUGUUCAUUUGCUGGACUUAAUUUUUAAAAUAGAUGAGAUUUGAUGUCGAAAAGAACCAUGGUUGUUGUAUUCUCUGUAUGUACAUUGUAUUCUGAAUAAAUGAUCUUGAAUAUUU